CCAGUUCUGACCUUUCUUUCAUCGUCCUACUCCAUUGCACCGGUACCUGGGGUUUUUCCAACCCUCCCGACUCACUUCUAUGCCCUACGGCAAUGACACUGAACGGACUGGACGCUGGAAAGCAGGCCUCAGUGUGCUUGAGUAUGCUCGAUCCCUCUUUCGUCGCCAUCGUGCCUUCCCAGUCCGCAAAAUCAAUUAAGGAAGCUGAACACGCUUUCGCCAGACUCGAGCCGCUCCCUCCGUCUACAAUGGAAUUACCUUCCGCAGCCCAUACCCAUGGCUCUGGGCCAGGCGGCCCAUUGCCCAACGGGCCAGUUUCUGCGCCAGUUUCUGCGCCAAACGGACUAGAUCCAGGACUGGGUCUAGGCUUCAAUAUCUACCAGGUGCCCCAUCUACCUGACUGGCAUUCUGCGUACACGGCAUGCGUGCAGCAUUUCGUCAACCACGCACAGCACUCCGCUGCUGUGCAAUCGCUCGCAGCAUACAUCAACAUCCGUCUGCCUUGCCAGCAAAUAUCAAAACCGAUCGCGCGCUUUGACGUCCAUUCCUCAGAGACCGCGCAGGCUUCAUCUCAAGUCUCUGUUCGCCAUUACAUCCGGCGCCUCGUCGCAACGGGGAAUGACACUCCCGCUAUUCUCGAGAUACUUUUCGGCGCCGAAUGGGUUAACGGUGUCGGCAACAUUGCCAAACAGGAGAGACUGAACUACCUCUUCACGGCGAAGAGCGCCGGGUUCGCGGCUACGAAGGCCGCCUACGAUGUCCUUCCGGAUGAGCAUACGCCGUUCCUCCGACCUAUCCGCGACGCGACGGAGGAGGAGAUCAGCACGGCCGAGAAGUAUUGGAGUGAAUGGAUGGCUAUGGAGGAUUGGAUGGUGGGGCCGCGUAGUCCAUGGUAAGAAGUGGGCAAAAGGCGUCUUUUUUUCCCCUUAGUUACGAAUGAUGAGUUACGACUUGGUCUCUGAUUGUCGCUCGUUUGGAUUUCCUAUGUCUUUGCAUCUCGCUUGCCGUCGAGUCGGUUACAUUCGUGUCCAGGGCCCCGUCUCCACCUAGAAGAGCUAUUUCUGGCGAAAGUAGAACAGGAAUCUAUCCUCUAAUUUCAAGCU